AUGAUGGCGACGACGACGACGACGAACAAACCUCAAAUUCGAGAAUCGCAUCACUCGGACUCGCAUCGCAUUCGAGGAUACCUCACACUCACGACCGGAUCGAUUGGAUCACCGACAUCUUUCACCAUGUCAGACGUUGACGCACUUCAGAAUGCUGCUUCCUCCACUGCACCCGCAGAGCAGCAGAACGACUCGGCAGACUUGUUUGGAGGCAUGAAGAAGAAAAAGAAGGACAAGAAGAAGCUUGACCUCGAUCUCGACCUCGAUGAAGAUGACAACAAGGACGAUGCUGCCGAUGCAGACGCAGAGCAGUCCAACGCAGCCGCCGCAGAGGAUGACGAGCUCAACUUUGGCGAGUUGAAAAAGAAGAAAAAGUCCAAAAAGAAGGUUGCUCUCGACCUCGACGCUUUCGAAAAGGAGAUCGGAGAGGCCGACGACCAACAAGACGACGCAGCAGAGCCUACCACCAACGACGCAUACGCAGACGCAGAUGACGAGGAACUCGGCGAAAACCCAUUCGCACAAGACGCAGCAGACGAUGCCGACGCACCCUCAAAGGACGACUCGAUCGAGGCAUGGCAGGGCACAGACCGCGAUUACUCAUAUCAGGAGCUUCUCGGUCGUGUUUUCAAGACCCUCCGCGCACAGAACCCCGCUCUCUCUGGCGACAAGAAGAAGUUCACCAUGGUCCCUCCUCAGGUCGCCCGAGACGGCUCCAAAAAGACCGUCUUCGCCAACGUCGUCGACAUUUGCAAGCGUAUGCACCGUCAGCCAGAGCACGUCAUCCAGUUCCUCUUCGCCGAGUUGGGUACCAUCGGAUCCGUCGACGGCUCUCAGCGUCUCGUCAUUCGCGGUCGUUUCCAGCCCAAGCAGAUCGAGAACGUACUCCGAAGAUACAUUACCGAAUACGUCAUUUGCAAGACCUGCAAGCGUCCAGAGACAAAGCUCACCAAGGAAAACCGUAUCUUCUUCGUCACCUGCGAAAAGUGUGGCUCCCAACGUUCCGUUGCCGCCAUCAAGAGCGGUUUCCAAGCUCAAACUGGCAAGCGUUCGAAGGCCAGGGCUGCUGCAGGUGCUUGA